UAGGGGAGGCUUCGGGAGCUCCCGAAAGCUUUGAGUGGUGCCAGUACCGUGGUUGAGUCGUUUCCGUGCGGGCGAAGUUUGCUGUUUGGCACGCUUUGUCGGUUGGAACGCGCCGUACUAGGAGGUUUAGGACUGUUUUAGGACAAUAGUAGGUGGACACGUAGGUGUUAGUAGACGGUAAUAAAGCGAAUAAAGUGUUUUGCGGUCAGACUUACAGAGGUUUAGCUGGUGGUAGAAAUAAUUAAAAUUAAAUGUGAAGGUAUUGCAGCAGUGAAUGUUCCUCUAUUUGAUUGAUGCUCCAGUUUCGGGCAGUGUUUAAGGUAACGGCUACUAAGAUUGGUAAAGUGAAGAAAAAAUAAUGCUUUAUGCAGUAUGUUUAGAUUACUGAAUUCAAGUCCUAAAGGCAGUUGACAGUGAUCCUAUGAAACCCCAAUCCCAUCGCAGCUCGGGACAAACGUCCAAUCAAAGCAACCUGCUCUCUGCUUUCUGGCUGCAGUCAAGAAACCCCUUUCCACACGAACCUGCCCAAGUGUGAAGUGUGCGACGUACCAACUUCGUAACUAAAAAGUGUCACUUCCUUUCGCAAAACGGCUGGCCGCGGCAUAAAACGCUUACAUAAUUUCGCUUCUCCACGUGCGUGCAAUCGAACAAGUGCCCGUGCCACGGCGGGGGCAAUAGAAUAAAUUACCCAACAAGUACGAUAGCGCAAAAGUGCAAGCAGCGCACGGUGGCGAGUGUGUCGUGCCGAGUCUUCCCAAAAUCACACCCUGGCUGGAUAACAAUAAGUCACGAAAUGGAAUGAUUUUGGUGAGGAAAAAACCCCCCAAAUCGUUCAAUUAUUUAAAUUCUAACAUUUUGUAAUGGCAAAUAAGGUGCAGACAAAGUGUAUAUGUGUGUGUGUGUGUUUCUGCCCGAAGCUAUGAUUGAUUAGGGUGUGCUGGUUUCACUUUCGCUUCACGCCGAUAUGGUUCAUCCUUGUUACAAAAUUCUGUAAUUAACCCUAAUGGAAUGGGGCGUGGAUGCCCCGGAUCCCAAUCAUACAUCGCGAUGUGUGUGUGUGGUGGUGGUGAUGGUCGCGCGAAAUUUGCACAGCAAAGAUUUAUGGCUUUCCGAUAUCUAAUCGACUGAUCGAGGAAGGCUUGGCUUGGUGCAGCUUGCGUGCAUGCAACCGGGCGCCAUCUUCGGACGGUCCAGUGAAAAGGGGCACAAAAAAAACGGGUAAAAUAUAUGCGGUUCAGUGAAAAAUGAUGUGCUCAUUUCCGGUCCAGCAGGUUUAACGUAUAGCACAGCCCAACUUGCUUGGUCAUCGGCCAAAACGGAAAGGAGAGGAGAGGGAAAACGUAGCGGAACCCUUUACGUCGCCGACUAAUGAGUGCAGCGGAAGCAAUCGAUCAUUAGGUGGAACUGCAUAAGACGGCACAGGUAGAUCAAUCUAUCAAAGUGUGCCACGCCGUGCCGUGAAACUGGUGGCGUGAUGUGACGGGUGGUUGAAAAAAAAGUGAAUUAAAAUUAAAUGUAAGUUACAACAAAAAAGAGUGAAAGUUAAACAGAAAAGUCCUUCAAGGCAAUUACAAUCCACAAGCUAGUGUUCUAAUCGCACAAGGAUUAAGCGGAAGAUGUACAGCCACCACUGCCCACCAUAAUGGUGACAGUGAAUGUAGUGCAUAUCCCGGUCACGGCACCAACAGUCGAAGAGAUGCCGGCGCCGCCUUGUACCACACGAACGUCGUGGUGCUGAUGAACCAAGUGUUCCAGUUCCAGCUCGGCCACACGGGAGCGCAACCGACCCGGUUCGACACCGUCGUAGCAACUCGCGGACGCUGGCUAGACCGGGACCGGCCAGAAUGUACAGCCAGAAUGGCGGCCGAAGCAGCAGCAGCACAGCCAGAGCGUCAGCAGCUUCUACCGUGCAGCAGCGCUACCCACCGAACCACCAUGCGUACGGGGCUGGUGGUGGUGGCAGCGGUAGUGUUGGCCGCAGUCGUCCUGGCUUUCUCGGGAGCUACGGUUCGUCCUCCACACCAUCGUCAUCGUUGGAAAAUCAAAGAUCGCUCGAGGGACAGCACAGUGCCACGAGCACGACCGGUACGGCGACGACCAGCCUGUUCGGCGAUCCGGUACUGCCCGCGACCCGCCAUGCCGAUCUGCUCGGUGGUGAGGAUCUGUACCAGAAUCUUAAGAACAACAUCGAGCUGUACCAUGCGAAGCUGUACAACGAUCAGGAGCGGCAGCGGCAGGCGGAACGGGACGCGCUGUUUGAGCAGUACGCGAACGGAGCAGCGCAUCGCUCGGUGUCGGCUGUGGGUGGCGGGGGAAUGAUGAAAGGAGGGCUGGUGAAACCGGCCGCAGACAAUGGUGUGACGGUGUACAGCGAGAUGCCAGCACGGAGGAGAAGCUUCGGUAGGACCCAGUCGGCAGGGAUGGGAGUAGACAUGAGCACGAGCAGAUCGAACAUUUUCGACAUGGAUCUGCUGAAGCAGAACGAUUGGAUUGAUUUCUCCGAGCACGAGUACCAGCAUAGCCUCAUUCCCACCAACAGCCGCACGGUGGCCGACGUGCAGCAGUUCACUGGCGGCAACAUAACGCGCCGGAUCGAGAAUGGCGUCUUCCAGAAUCCGCGGGCGGCAGCGGCGGCCCGUGCCUCCCGGCGCAACUCCAUCACCGACUCGAGCGUGUACGGGAUGCGGGGGUCCGCGAUGGUCGAUAUGAUGGGUGAUGCCGGACCGGGAACGACCACCUUUACGGUGAUCGGGCACGGACCGGUUGGAUACGAGGAGGGAGCCUCGGCACUGCCCGUGGGAGGGAUUCACGAUCCUUCCACGUCGAGCGAUGGGAACAGUGAGUUCGAGCGGAUGCUACGGUACGGCCGUACCGAUCCAUCGACUGCCAUUAUCAGGGAUAAGAUAAACACGGGAUCUAAUUUUAGAGUAUCGGACGCACGCCAGCACAAAAACACCGCCUUCACCAUCAUCAACGAAGUCCUGCCCAAGUCCAGCUCGUUCGAUCUGGCCGGCGGUAGCAACCGCUACUCGCCGUACCGCGAGAAGCACCGGCUCGCCUCCUCCCGCAUCCUGUCGGCCAGUUCCGCCACCCAGGGCACCUCGAACGUCGGCUUCUAUGGUUACGGGGCCGAUUUCCCCGAGGAAGGCUCCAUCGGUGCAGCGCACGGUCAUCGGAGGCGUUUCAGCGGCUCGGAACUGUCCCUCAGCACGCUCGGGGGCCACCCGAAGGCGGCCUCCGCUCGCACGAAACGGCCCGCAAAGUCGAAAACCUCCCUCUCGCUAGCGCCCAAUCCGGGCCGGCGGCAGCGCGGUGUGCUCGAGGUGAUUAGCAAAAAAUCGACCGUGCCAAGUGCCAAAGUGACAAUCACGCAGCCGUCGGAGGACGGGCGCUCGAUCACGCCCACGCCGAGCGAGUCGGGCCUGUCCGGGACGGGGACGGACGGCGAUCGCAUAUCGAUACCGGAGCAUCAGCUCAAGAAUCUGAAGCUGUUUGGCUACAAACCAUUCUCGGGCCGGCCCACUCUAUCGCCCGUACCGGACAAGGAUUCGAUGGAAAGCUCGCAGGCCGAUCUCAAAGAGGGAGGAGCUGGCAGUGGGAAGAAGGGCGGCGAGAAGGGAGGCUUCCGAGCGCCCGUCUUUAACAUCCGAGGGCUGCUGAUGUCACCAAGGUCGCGGGACAAAAGCAAGGAAGUGUCGCCGGGGCGGGCAGACGGCAGCAAGGAAGCGUCCGUGGAAAGGGAUCCCAAGGCGCAAAGCAAAGCGGAGCCACCGUCCGGCAAGGAGGGAGAUGUGCAAGCGUCGCCACCGAAAAAGCGACGCUUCAAUCUUGCCCGCGCCAUCAUAGAAAGUGCCCGAAAGGGGGGCAGCACUGAGCCGGAGCCGGAAAAAAACGCCAAACCAGCGGGGGCGGCGGCGGCGGCAAAAGCAUCGCAGGGAGAGGAAGAAAGCGGCGAGAAGCGAAAGAUGGCACUGAAGAUGAAGUUUGGCAUCGUGCGGUCGGGCGUGCGCAAAGACUCGGAAGGCAACGGGGUGAAGGAGAAGAAAGCCGAUGGAAAGAAGGGAAAGGCAGCGAAGGGCGCGGCCAAACCAUCGGGCACGGCUAGUGCUAAGGGGAAGAAGCCGAAAUCGGUCGCAAGUAAAAAGGGCGGACGCUAUGACGAUGAUGACGAUUACGAUCCAUAUGACGAAGGACCAAAACGGUCGAAAAAGUCAACGGGUGGUGGAGGAAUGUUGAAGAGUGCGUUGAACUACGCCGCAAGUUUUCGUUCGCGCAGUGAUCGUGUUGGAACGGCGGGUCCAGGUGGACGUCGAAAGCCGACCGCUGCGGAGCUUCCAAAGGGUGCGUCAAAGGCGGGCCAGAGAGGUACCGGUAGGGACGCAGGCAUGGAGAAGCUGACAUCGAACGCACGAAGGAGAGACAAGAGUGCAAAAGCUGGAAUGGGAGAAAAAGAUCAAAGAGGAAUGAAAAUGGGUGCAACCGGGGGUGGCGCUGGACGUGUAAAGAGUGGAAAAGCACUGCCGGGCACUCCGGCAAACCGAGCCAAAUCGGCAGCUGGAGGACGGGGGAGGCAGCUGAGACGGAGCAGCUCGGCCGUUGCACUCGACCCGGGCCAGUUGCGGCGGGCGAACAAGCUGUACGAGAAGAACCAGAAAGCUGCCGGCGGUGCUGGCGGGAUGCUGGGAGCGGGCAAGAGUGGCCGCGGUGGCAAGAGCAGCAGCUCGCUGAUCCAGUCCAAGGCGAACCGGCACUCCGACAACGAUAUGACCGGCCCGGGAGGGCUGAUGAAGAGUGACAGCCGCGGGGAGAUGCGGAGUGGCAAAGGUUCGGCGAAAGCGACGGACGGGGCCGGUUCCGACACCAAGGAACGCAUCGAAAAGCGUGACUCGGAGCGCUCGCUGAAGAAGAGCGACAGCAACAAAUCGCUCGCAACGAUGGGCGGAAAGCCGAAGAAGAGCGACUCGAAGAGUUCGCUGCUGAACAAGCGGUCGGAUUCGCGUUCGAGCCUGCACCAGACGGCAGCAGGGACGGGUGGCGGAGACUCCUCGGGCGGCGGUGGUGGAGGCGAUGCGUCCGGGACGGAGCUCGGUGGCAAGAGUCCGCUCAAUGCCGUCACGGAGGGAGCGACCGAUGUGGGGGUGAAAUCGGCACGCCCCACGCCGAAGCUGCAGAGCAAGGGAUCGCUGCUCAGCCUGAUCAGCUUGAAGGGAAGCAAGCGCAAUUUGGACCGUGCCGCUGAUGCUGGCCAACGGCCUGACACUGCCACUACGACGGCGACCGCUAUCGAUGGGACGAUGGCAUCCUCCACUCGCCUGCAGUCCGCCUCAAUUAGAAACGCUCCCGGUACGGCGGGAGCGGACGGUACAGGGGAAGACACCGUUGGAUCGAAGGCCGGCGGCAUGAACGAAAAACCGACCAGCACGAAACCGCUGCGCAGGAUGAUGAGCCGCGGAUCGCUGCUAUCGAUCAAGAGCAUUGCUCACGCCCGUUCGUUCACCAACAUUCGUCCACCGACGGCGGGAGGUGCUGGGGCGGGCGGGGAUGGGGAGACGGGAAGCGGCGGUACGAUGGCACCGCAAACGAUGACGAAGGUAACGGAGGGUUCGCAGGAGCACGACGAUACGACCGACACCGAGACGAGCCAUGGGGCGGGUGGUGGUGGUGGCGGUGACGGGCAGGGCUCGAUGGGUGUGGCAACGCACGAGCUGACGGUGGCGGGCGACGGCGAGGGCGAGAAGGUGUCGAACGAGUACAAUGGUGAGCACCGAAUGAAGUCACCGAUGGCGGAGCACAGGCAGCAGCAGGGUAGCCGGAGUCCCGGGAUGGACAACGUUUCAAGUGCCAACACGGAGUCGAUGCGCGAUCGGACGAUGGGGCCGGACGGGGGUGGCGGUGCCGGAAGCAACAGCGAACAAGAAAAACAACAAGGCGCAAUAUACGCAACAAGACGGUGCCCCUCGAACGUGCUCCCUCCCCCAAAAAAACAACGCCCCGAUGUGAUGGCAGCGGCACGAUACGACGGAAAUCGGCCGACGGUCAGCAGAGAGUCGUCCGUGUACAGCAUUUCGCUGCACGAUAGCCAGAGUGAAUUAAUUCGUACGUGGCACAGCGACGAGUUUGACGAGGACGAGCAGGUCAAGUGCUCGAAAUGUUGCUGCGCCUGCUGUGCACCGUGCUGCACGCGGUUCUGCCUACCGUUUAGGCGAUGCUUUCGGAGCUGCAGCGGGUGCUGCGGCCGGAGCCGUCUCGGCAAGCGUAAGGCGGACGGGCAGCUGGCCAAGGAGCAGACGGCAAAGCAAACGACGGCCAACGAACCGGGCAAGCAAAGCUGCUGGGAGCGGCUGUUCGGUUGCUGCCGGCGGUGCCGCAACUCCAAGACGGCACCGGAAUCGACGGCGAUCGUGCAGCGUGCACCGGCCGCCGCAUCGCAACCCAAGUCGUCGCUGGCGUCCUGCUGGCAGUCGCUCAGCUGCUGUGCUAGCUGUCGCCGGAACAAGUCCCGUGAGCUGGUGCCCCGUUCCUCGAUCGAUAGUGAUCCACCGUCCGAAGAUCAGUCCCGAUGCCGAUCGUGCUGGAGUAGCCUGCUCUGUUGCUGCCGACCGAAGCCGCCCACCGACGGCAAGGGUACGCAGGUCAAGCGCCACAAGAUGGAGGAACCGGUCGAGAUGGAGACGGUCAAGUGUUGCUUCUGCUUCAAGCGCCAGCGUCCGAAGGUGAAGGCGAAACCGAAAAAGAAAGUCCCGGUGAAGUCGACCUUCAACUGUCUGAGCUGCUGUAUGAUGUGCUGCAAAAAGAAGGGCGACAACCAGAGCCGCCGGACGAGCAAUCUGAGCAAGAAGCAGAGCAUUGCGCCCACUAUUCCACCGGAGGACUUGCGGCCAAAAAUCGAUAUGUCACUGGUGGAGCACUCCUCUUUAAUGCGUGGUGCCAUUCCGGUGCUUCCGAUCUGUUUGGCGUACUUUUGUUUGUUCCUCAACGUAGUCAUACCCGGUUCCGGGACGGUACUGUCCGGUGGGCUGUGUCUGUGCAUUGGCAAGCCUCGCUUUUCCCAGCACGACUCAAUCAAGGGCCGCAUCGGUUCGUUCAUCAUCAACUGUAUCGUGGGCAUCUCGCAGUGCUUCACGAUCAUCUUCUGCGUCGUCGGGUGGGGUUGGGCCAUCUGGUGGGGUACGAUCAUGCUACGGCUAGCAAGACAACAUCGAAAGAUACUGGAAAUGGAGGCGGCCCAAGAGGAGGGCGAAGAGCAGACGACACUCUCCAACCGGACCGGUGCCUCCAAUCCGCCCGUGGCCUUAGUCUCCAAAACACAUCGUGACGUCGAGACGGGUCGGUAGGUGUGAAAUGAAUGAAUUUCCUACGGAGAGUGAUGUUUUUCUUGCUGGGGAAAGGUUUAACUGCCGUUUUUGUACAUUUGCCAAACGGCACGCUGAUACACACGGGUGAGCGAGCGUAGUGAGGAGGAGCGUGUGUACGGGAACCAACGAUUUGGACUGUAUUGUAGCAAAGCGAUGUUAACACGUCAAUGUAUGUAAAAAGAGAAAAAAAAGCUGGGAAAAGGAAUACCAAAACCACACACCUCCUCCUUCUCCUAAUUUUCCUUUCUCUCCCGUUUUAUCCUCUUUUGUUGGAAAAAAUACGGUUUUAAAUUGGGAAGAAUAAAGUAAAGUCUUUUAACUUUUACACAAAAAAAACGAUAACAUACCUGGUUUCCUUUCUUCUCAUUUCUUUCGCGAACAAUAUUCAUAUAAAAACUUCGUUCCUUUUUGACAUCAUCAUUCGAUACAUUUCAUUGUUCAUCAUCAUCGUCAGAUUAUUAUUACAAUCCGCAAGCAUGCUGUUGCCGUCGUUGGACAUCCGGUGCUAGUAAUCUUCUUUUAAGUUGUUUCCUUGGUUUAAUUUUGACCCCACACACGCGCGCACGCUAUUUAGGAAACCUCACAGUUCACAAUUUACUCCUCUCGUCACCAGCUCAAUCAUUGUCGCAGCGGCGGCGCUCGUACGUACCAGCCGCCGCCGUGAGCGUAUGCAUAAUGGGAUGUAUGUAUAUAGUAUGAGAAAAAAUAUAUAAUAUGAUUUUUUGUUUUCUUUUUAUGUAUAUAAGUAUAGACUCAUCCUCCUGCAUCGGUACGCAAACGGGGGUUUUGUAUAUAUAUAAAUACAGCUCUCUCUCUAUCUGUGUGAUGGUAAUCUUUUGCCCUUUUCCAAGGAAUUGUUAUGUGUUCUCUCUCCCUCUAUUUCGCACCUUUUCUGCAAGCUUUUUUAAUAGUAGUUUUUGUUUGUUUGUUUUCCAAAAAUAUCGUGCCACGAAUGUGUCUACCAUCAUAAUCGAUACGAAAAGUUUACAAACGGCUCUACAAAGCAAACUCUUUUCUAUAGGCUGCAUUUUUCCUCCCUCUGCUUUUCUGGCCUCUUCAAAACGUAACGUAAAUGAAGUGCUCGGUGUAUGGCUUGCUGCUUGCUGGUGCUCCGCAGUGAUGUGUAGCAAUUGUAGGGGGUUCGUUUCGUUUCACCCCGCCUUCCAAUGUGGCGCUUCACUUUGGAAUUGUUAGUUUUGCAGCACGCAAAUAAUUUCAUUUUCGUUACAUUCUAUAGCCUAAAAAUAUGAUCUUUUCAUCAGUUUAAUCUGUUUAUACGCGCCGAGUUGACCGAUGUUUGCGAUGCUUUCCCUUUUGUUUAUUCGAUUUUAUAUAUUGUUUCCGUUCCGUUCUGUUUCACCACUAUCAUAUUAUCUAUAUCGCUAGGCUCACCCCGGCUAGGCGCGUUUACAUGUGCUAGAGAGGGGGAGCGAAGGCCAAAGUUUUACUUUGGUUGUUAUACGACGCCCGCCUAGAGCUUGUUAUUUUUUAAUCUGCGUUACAAAUGAUUAAUUUUUGCUACGUAUAUUUUAACGAGUUUUCUUCUCCGAUUGUAUGUGAUAGAAAGCUUUACGAAUGACGUGGGAGGGGUGGGGGGGGGGGGGGGUGUUGAUUACAAUAUGUGAUCUUCUGCAUUUUACCAUUAAUGUGUGUUCUCUUUUUCUGACAGCUACAGGCUCUCACAGCGUGUAAUAUUUUUCAUAUUACGUACCACACCGCACAGUUUGGUUCGGCUAUAUGUGUGUGUGUGCAUUGAACGGUUAUUAUUCCGUUUGGAAUUAGCAUAGAUUGUUCGAUUGCCAGAUGUUUUGAAGGAAAUAAAACAGACCAAAAAGCCCAAGCAUUACGGUUCUAUCGAGCAAACACACACUAACACACAAACAACUGCUCUGCAAAGAAACACCCAUUAAAAGGAUUUUUUGAUGGGGGAUGUAUGCAAUCUCAAAAAGGAGGUGAAAUCUGUUUUUGCUAAUCUGCUAGAAAAAGUGGUGGGUAAGUAGUAGUAGUAGUAGUA